GUACUGAGUUGCAUGAAUACCUUCUGUUUAACAGUUUCGCAACUAAUUCGACGCAAACGAAACGCGUGAAGCAUCGGGACACUAGCUUCCUCUGUGAUACCAAAUGGUGUGUGGCUUUGACAAAAGCACAAUAUUCCGAAUUCCUUUUGGUGUUUCGAGGUCGUCUUCCCUCACAAGUUGAAUCUGCCAAUGAAGCGGUCACGGCUUUCCAGCGGGACGUCCUGCGGUGUCAGACCCCGCCAUGGGGUGCCUCUUAGAUCUACAGGCUUCAUGUCUGCGAUGAAGCUAUCCACCGUCUCUACUCCUGACUGCAACCGCCAAGAGCUUGAACGAAUGUCUCUUGCUAAGAAGGGAAUGACUUACGUCGGCCUCAAGUAUCGAAGAUCAUCCUGGAAUGCAUGCCAUACGGGCACAUGGGGUGGAACUUUGGGGUCGUCAACGAGCACAUCAAGUUCGCGUACGUCGCGUAUAGCCAGAUGGACGCUCCGCGACCGACUUGAAGUAUCGCCGCCAUGUAGUUAUGACCAUGGCCUACAGACGUUCGACACUGGAAACAAGAGCCUCGAGCGACUGCAACUUCGCCACAUUGAUCUUCUUCAGUGCCUUUGACACACCGAUCAAGGAGAUGCUAAGGCAUUAUUCUCAGAUGCGAGAGACGUAAGCUUACCCGGCUCAUGCAAGCUCUUCUUGAUGAGCC